CCAUCUGGUCACUCUCUAGAACACGUACUUCAUUAUUCUGAGAGAGCGCAUCGGUUAAAACUUGGAUCGGCUUGGAUAACACGAUGACCCCGCGCCCCAAGUGACUGAGCAGGUAGCCAAGUGACCCUGGAUAACCGUUAUGUUCGCUUGUGUACACUGCGAAGGGGAAUCGAAGAAGCAACAGGAGCGGACUCCAAGCGAAAGGGACUGCUUGCUGGACCCUCCGACAUGUUUGAGGUGCUGUGCCUCCUGCUAGGCAGGAUUCUGCUGCUCCUGAUCGGCAGCUACGAGCUGCUCUGGCGGCUGCGAGAGCGCCUGAAUGCAUUGUGGGUCAGCUGGUCAUAUGACCUUUGGCGCAGCCCAGCGGCACGUGAGCUCCACGAGCGGCGCGUGCUCGCCGAUUGCCGCUCCCAGUUGACCAAGACGCCACAGCAUCUGGUCCUGGUCAUCUCGCCCGCGGACGCUGGUGUGGAUGCGGUGCUCCUGCGGAGGAUCUUCGACUUUGCCCUACUUGUGGGCAUCAAGCAUGUCAGUUUAUACGACAGGCGGGAAAAAGACAAGGGCUAUGUGGAGCUAGCUGAACUCUGUCGUUCGACCAGCGAGGAGAAAGGCAGAUCCUUUGUAUGGCCACCGAGUCCCAGCAAUUCAGAGACUCUGCCCAAACUCAAGACAAAUGGUUAUGUGAACGGGGCCAAUGGCUCACAUUCCACUCAACUGCAGCUACAUCAAAUCAGCCCCUCCGAUGGCCAUGCUCUAAUCGCCGACGUCUGCCGAGAGCUCUACCAAGGUAGGGAGACGCCAAUGGUGCAAGAUCUUCUCAAGCAGAAGCGCGAGGCGCUUACAGAAAAGAUCACCGGCAUGCUAAAUCAGCGACUCGGUUUCGAAGCCCCGGAACCAGAGUUGGGCAUGGUAUUCUCCAGGCAGACGUGCACGUAUGGUCUGCUGCCCUGGCAUGUGCGCUUCACAGAGUUCCACACGCAUCCCAGUGGCCGCCGCUUCGACGUGGAAACGUUCGCCAACAUCCUGUGCAAGUACUCGCGAUGCGAACAACGGUGGGGCACGUAGACACGCCGCCAUUAGUGGAAAACGAAACCCUUAUAUUAACUAGUUACCUUAACUUUAUGUAAAUUAUCGCCAGGAAUUCCUUUAGCUCGUAAGAAUAAACCACAAAAGUGUAUUGUUCGUAA